AUGACGUAUCCUGAGGAUUAUGAAAAUAUGGUCAAAGUUGAUCCCAAUAAACAAUGGUUGCGGGACAGUGAAAGCAAGAUAUGGGGUCUCUAUAAGGAUGUGAUGCUGGAAAAUUAUGGAAACCUAGUCUCACUCGGAUUUCCAAUAUCCAAACCUGAUAUGAUCUCCCAGCUGGAGCAAGGGGAAGAACCAUGGGUUCUGAACUCUCGACAGAGGGUAGAAGAGACAGAUAUUUUGAGAGGCAACUGUUCAGAUUGUGUAACCAGGAUUCAGAACAUAGAACUAUCUCUAAAGAAAGAAAUUUCAGAAGAAAUGGAAUCUCAGUGGCUGAGAGAAGAAAAACUCAUAAAGGAUAUUUCCAAAGGACUAUGUCUUGGAGAAACCUGGGAAAGUCAGGCCAUAUUAUGGAAAAAUGAAAGUCUUACCAUGGAGAGAUUGAAGAAAUCACCUUCUAAGGAGAACAGUUUCAGGCCAAUGUUAAUCAAUCACCCAGGAGAAAAUCUCCAUAGCUGAGGAAGGGCAGAAAUAUGACAGAUGUGGAAGAAACUGGAAUCUGAAUUCAAACACUGUUUCAUGCCAAGGAUUUUCUAUAAGAGAGGAACUCCAUAAAUGUGAUGCACGUGAUCAAAACUUCAAACAUAAUUCACAUGUUAAUAAUAUAUCUAAAAAGCCAUGUAAAUAUAAUGAAUCAGGAAACUUCGUUCAUUGGAGUUCAGCCCUUAAAGUACAUCAGAAAAUUCAUUUUGGAGGAAAACCUCAUGAAUGUAAUGAAUGUGGGAAAGCCUUCAAAGGGAAUACAGACCUUGUUAGACAUCAGAGGUAUAACACUGUUGAGAAGCCCUAUGAGUGUAGUGAAUGUGAGAAAGCUUUCAUUCAGAUCUCUAACCUUAUACAGCAUCAGAGAAUUUAUACUGGAGAGAAACCCUACAAAUGUAGUCAAUGUGGGAAAGCUUUCAUUCAGAGUUCUAACCUGAUUCAACAUUGCAGAAAAUGCCAUGGAGAAAAACCCUAUGAAUGUACUUGUGAAUUUUAAAAUCUCCAUCUUGGUCUAGCACCCAAAAUUGUGCACACCCACACUACAUGGGCAUGUGCUAGUCAAUGACAAAUCAGAAAUAACUAACUGGCCACCUGGGCUGUCCUAAGCCAAGCUUGAGCCAUCAUUGGCACUUGUGAGGCACAGGAAGUGACGGAGAGAGCAGCCUCGGGAAUUCGCUCACUUCCUGUGGACAGGGCAAGACGGCGGUUCAUGUUAGAAGCUUGAACAGGGAGGAGGCCCACAGACAGCUUCCCUUCAGAUCGGUCACAUGAGUCAAGGACUGAUUCCUUCCACCUUGGCCCUUUGGGCCUAAACUCCCUCUGCCUUGGUAAGAGGUUGAGUAACCCCUUUCCCUUUUCUCCUCUCUCCUUCUCUCCCUCACCUUUUCCCUACUCCCAUUGUGAUUAAACCUCCAUAAACUCCA